CUGAAUGUAAAGACUCAGAAGACAGAUCAGUCAAACAACUCCCUGUGGAACAAGCACUACCCGAUAACACAGCCAACAGUGAAAAUAAAAUAAAUGGGGGAACAGAAUUCAGAAAUAGCACUGCAGAACAGUGUAAAAAUUCAACAAGUACUGAAGAAAAAACAAAGAAAACAGAACACAACAUGGAUAAACAUGGAACAGAAUUCAGAAAUAACACUGCAGAACAGAGUAAAAAUUCAACAAGUACUGAAGAAAAAACAAAGAAAACAGAACACAACAAGGAUAAAAAGAAGUCAAACAGUUCUCAGAAUUAUAAAAAGAAUAACAUUAAAACAGGUGAACAUUAUGAAACUGAAGUGGGUAAAUCACAAGAAAGUAAGGCAAAUGUGAAACUGGGAAGUUGCACUAAAAAUAUUCAACAGAUGUAUUUACUGAAGAAACACGAAGAAGUGAAAGAUUCUGUGUCCAGGAUAAUGAAUGAAAAUGUAUCCGGUGUAAUAAGUGGAAAACAUAAUGCUGGCAUUAAAGAACCAGAGCAUGGAUCAUCCUCACAACGAAUUACUGAAAAAGCAAUCUCUGAUAAAGGAAAUAAAACUAGAACGGCAAAGAGGAUGGUUACACACUCAAGAAGCAGACCCAUCGAGGAAGAGGAGAGGGUGCUUCAGGAUUCCACAACGUAUGAAACAUCAGACAUUUCAGAAAGAGAAACAAAUAAGUAUUGUGAAAAGACUGAGAAGAUGCCAAACUUGCAGAAAUAUGAGGACAGGGGACAGAAUAGAGUAUAUGGAACUGAAAUGGCAGAUGUUGUAAUGGACAAUAUGGAAGGAAGGAAAACGGAGACAAAAGAAAAAUCUAGUUACAAAGAAUCAAAUCAUGAAUUGUUUAAAGAGUCUGUUAUUGAUUCCUCGGUAUCUGAUGAAGUAAAGAAAACUAGAAAUGAAAGGGGCCACAGAACUAAAUCAAGAAACAAGCGUAUUAAAGGGCAAGAAAUAAUGCCUACAGUUCCUCAGAAGAAUGAAGUGUCUGAUACUCUCGAUCACAGAGGUACAAAACGUAAAGUUUCUGAUAAUGAAGAUAAAAAGAAUGUAUCAGACAGCUGUCAGAAUAAUGAGGAAAACAAAAAGUCUGGAUUUCAGCUUUCACAAACAGAUGGGAAUAUUGCAAAGGGAAGUGAAAUGAGAAGGGUAUAUGGAAAUUAUUCUGAAGCUGUGCCACAAGGGAGUGUGUCUGAUAAAAAUACAGAAGAUGGAGUUGUGAAGUCGAAACUGUUUCAUGAAAGCAUAAGUGAUAUAAAACCUGCAGUAGAUGAAGUGAAGGAUACUAUACCAAGUGCUGUAAAUAAAAAAUCUUACUGCUCAGAAUUCAAACAAGGAUCAUUUGACAAUCAUGCUACCAAAUUAUCAUUAGCCUCUAAUGAAAAUAAGAAAAAUAGAACCAGAAGAUUGAGGAGCAAAAGUUGUCAGGAUGGGAGUCAACUAAUUACGAAGCCACAAAAACGUAAAAUGACGGACAGUAUUGACGAAACAAGUGUAAUAUGUAAAACAGAUGGUGUGGAAUCAGAGGAAAGGAAGAAAAGUAAGAGUUCAAAGGAUAAAAACAAGCAGCUGAGCAUUUCUCAGAAGGAUAAGGAAAUUGUGGGAAAGAAAGAUUUUGAAGUGGAAGCUGCACAAAUAGAAGCAGAUAUUAUAUACAGUACAACAACCAGAAAAGAGGAAGAGAUCACUAAAAUUGUCCAGAAAAUUGGCUUGCUGGAAACUAAUAAUGUACAUGGCAUUACACAGCCUGAAAUACGGAACUGCAGCAAAGGUAAAAUUGAAUCUGUGAAAGGAAGGACAGAUGUCAAACUAAAUGAAGCCGUGUGCAAAGAGAAGGAAAAUGGAAAAUACAAAGAUCCUAUUACUGAAAUGUCAAUGUUGCACAGAGUUAUUCAAAAGGGUGUUGUAGAAAUCAUUCCUAAGUCUGUUUCUAGAGAUAAUUCUGUUGAAUUAUCUGCUGAGUCCAGUAUGGUGUCCACAGUUAUUAACCUAAAAUUUCGUGCUAGAAGAUCUAUGCAACAUAAACUUGAAGAUAGUAAAGCUGUAUUAUCAGUGAACAUUACUCCACCUAAAGAUUAAAUAACAGAUUUAAUUGCAGAACAUCUAGGUGCAAGUGCAUUAAGGAUUAAUAGUGUUUCUAAAACCCAAAAGUUAGUUCAAGACCGGACAGCAGAAAGAAUGUAAAAGUAUUAUAUAGUGAUUGUAAGAACACAAAGUGUAAAGGCAGAAAUUCCAAGUGAUAAUGAAAAUGAUAUAUUUUGUAGUGUGUGUGUGUGUGAUAAUGCAACAGCAGGUCACGAAUCAUAGAAGAAGAAUAGGACUAAACACUUACAUGAAUCUUCUCAGGUGGAGAUUACACGUGGAGAUGAAAGCAAGACAUUUAGAAUACAGAAAUAAAUAUGUAAAUGUACAUGCUAAUAAUUCUCAAGAAUGUGAUGACUCUAGCAAAGUGUGGGACUUUGAAAAAAUAGAAGCAGCAGCAGCUCAUAAGAUUCUGAUCAGAAUUCAGAUCAGUAAUGGUGUCCAAAGAGGGGAUAAACUAAAAAGUGAAAUAAAAUUAAAUCACAACAUAACAAACAUAAUAUAAGUCACACUAAACAAGAAAUUAAUAAAUCUGGUGACUUAUAACAAAAAAUGUAUAUAGUGAAACCUCCAUUCAGGGACCAAAAUUUUUGUAUUUACAAUGUUUUUGUAUCCUCUGUUAUAACAAAGGAUU